UGUCGUCUGCAAAAAUUAAAUUAUUGAAUUUCUAGCCGAAUUUCUAGUGCAAGUGAUAAAUCUAUUCGCCUUCAUCUGUUAUGUCUAAAGUCGCCAAAAAAGUCGUAAAGGCAGUCGUAAAGAGAUCGGGGAUUUCAAAAGUAAAUCAUGGAAAUCGAUUGGAAACAUUUAUACCUUCUGGAAAGGCAGUUGCAGGUCCUCCAUUAGGUCCUCAGUUAGGACAGAAAAACAUUAAUAUUGCAGCUUUCUGCAAAGAGUUCAAUGAAAGAACCAAAGAAUACAAAGAGGGAAUCCCUUUGCCAUGUCGGGUUACAGUGAAUUCAGACAGAAGUUUUGAUCUUGUGAUUCACCAACCUCCAGUAACAUAUUUCCUUAAACAAGCAGCAGGCAUUCAGAGGGCAGCAAUGAGGCCAACACAAGAAGUUGCAGGGAAAGUUACUCUUAAACAUGUCUAUGAAAUAGCCAAAAUCAAACAGCAAGAUCCCACACAAAGUUUCCUGUCUUUAGAAACAAUUUGUAAGCAGGUUAUUAGUAUUGCUAGAACAUGUGGAAUCCAAGUAGUCCCAAAAUUAGAUCCUCAAGAGUAUGGACAAUUCUUGGAACAAAGAAAAUUGAUUGUUGAGGAGGAAUUGAAAGACUUGCAAGCUAAAAAAGAAGCACGUAUGUUGCGUACAGCGUAGGGUUUGUGUGUAUUUGCAAUAGUAGUCAAUAAAUUUGUCAAUUUUCUCC